AUGAAGACUUCCGCAGCAGAUUUGGUGGCCCAGUGUGUGAUCGAGCAGAAGCCUGUGUAUGAAGUCGACUGGAAGCGAAAUCUUGUCUUCUGUUUGUUCGGGGCCGUGUACUUGGGGGCUUUCCAGUAUUGGUAUCAGGUCAACAUUUUCAAGCGCAUGUUCACCGGGGUUGAGAAGUUCACCCAACAGCCCGUGAUGGCGAAGCUCCGUGACGGCCCGGGGCUCCUGGCCCUUGGCGCGCAGACCGCCCUGGACCUCGGGAUGCUGACAUUCGUAUACCUGCCCACCUUCUACGUGUUCAAAGCUGGGGUCUUCAGCAGCGUUUGGGAUGCCAGUGAGUGGGUGAAGGGUGGUAUCGGAAGCUACACCAAAAACUGGAACAAGGAUGUCUUCGACGUCUUUCGCGUUUGGGGUCCUGCAGAUAUCGUCUGCUUCUCCGUGCCUUUGUGGUUACGGCUGCCGGUGCGGCAUGUGGUCUCAUUCGUGUGGACAGCAUACCUCUCCUUCGCCCGUGGUUCCAACAAGUGA